CAGCGCUAAGCAUUCUGGGAGGGGGCGUCACGUCAGGUGACCUAGCAACCUUACGUCAGGAUUUCCAGCCCGCCAGAUUCAAGAGCUUGAAGUGUUCGCGGGCUGUGCUGGAAAACACAGCAUCAAUAUGUGGAACGAUAUUGAGCUUUUAGCAAACGAUGAUACUGGAAGUUGCCGUUUGAACAUUGACUCUCGUCAGGAAAGUGGCACAGCUUUGUAUCAAGUGGAUACUCUACUGAAAAUCUCCUCAACUGAAAAAGUUUCUUUCAACCCAAAACUUUAUGCUUGCAACACAAGUGAAGGAUUUAUUAUUGUUGCAGACAAAUCUGUAUGUCUCCUAGACAGUAUUUGUCAGUCUCUCCUGCUUCAGCUGCAGUUUGAUACUGAAGUAGAUGUUGUUGGCCUUUGCUACGAAGGAAGAUUUCUGUUAGUUGGGGAAAGAAAUGGAAGUGUUCACCUUAUACAUGUACUGUCUAGACAGAUCCUGAUUACCAAAACAUUGGCACAGAAUGUUGAGAAAAGCAAUGAGCAAACUUUUAAAAGACUUCUUCUAGAAAAGGAUGCUUCAGAUGAUGGUGUUUACCAUAUGUUUCUUUUGACAAAUGGAGGACUCUACUGUAUUAUGUACUUUCAUAUUGCAAGGAUUAAUGAUGCUAUCCAGACUAUGGACAUCAAUGCUGCAAAAGAGCUUGAAGGGAAAAUCAAGACCUGCUUUAUUUCAACAGAAGAGUAUCACACAGAUGGUUGUCUAAGCUUGUUAAUAGGGGAUCUGAAAAGUGACAUUCAUCUUGUUAUAGGGGGAAGAGGUGACUAUACUCUCUCAAAAUGGAAGAUGGACCCUGUAACAAAACAGGUUGCAGUUCAGAAUCUUGCGGAUUCCAGCAUGAUUCAAGGUGCAAAAAAGCUUGAAGUUCUUGACAACCUGCUGUUUAUUUUGGAUGAAGAUGGCAUUUUAAGUGUCUGGGAUGUUUACACAUUGGUUUUGGUAUGGGACUGGCCUUCUUGUCAUCUUUCAGAUUUUCUGUUAACAACGGAAGGAGAUUCUUCAUCUUCUGUUACCCGGCAAAGAGAUACUAAUCUUAAACUCAUUGCUUUGACGUUUCCCAAUGAAAAACAGAUGAGAAGCCUGACGGUAUAUUCAUUGCCAACUAUGAAUCACUUAUAUUCAAUCGAAGUUUCAGAUGUAUGCACUCUUGUUCAGAUUGGUAUUACUAUGGACACAAUAUAUCUUCUUGAGGGAAUUUAUGACAGCCAUGAAAGGUCCUCCCACUCUCCAAUCACUGUCCUUGCAAUGAGAUGCUUAACAGAGGCUUUACCUGAGAACAGAUUAAGUCGAUUAUUACAUAAGCAUAAAUUUGAAGAAGCAGAAAAAUUUGCUCUACAGUUUGGCCUUGAUGUUGAGCUUGUAUAUAAAGUAAAGCUGAAUAUUGUACUGGAAAAAUUGGCAUCGGCAUCAGUCGGCAGUUAUGGUCAAGCCCUAUGGCAAGAACUUGUGGAUGAGGCUAAAGGCAAUCUUCAUAAAAUUAAGGAUUACAAUUUUGUGGUCCAGUACUGUGUCAAUGCCCCAUGGCCUACCUAUGAAACAACAUUUGAGAUGCUGAAUUAUGCAAAGAAUAGAAUUCAGAGAAAAGAGGACAAGACGUUACCAGUAUUAUUAGAUGAGAUUCCAGUUUCUAUUACAGAUGUGUUAAGAGCCCAGGCCAGAUUAACUACUUUUUAUGGCGCUUUUGGCCCUGAUAAAUUUAGUGGCAUUGCAUGGAUAGAGUUCUUAAACAACAAUGAUGUGCUAAAGGAUAUUGUUUUUCAAUUAGAAGAGAUGAAUUUGGCUUGUGCACAAUAUCUUUGGCUUCGACAUCAGGCAGAGUUUGAAAGCAAGUUUGAUGAAAAGAUGCUGGAGAAUCUACUCAGCAAAGUUCCUGCAAAUAUCUCUUCACAAGAACUUUGUCUAUGGUUUAAAAAUAUACUGAUUCCAUUUGUUCGAAGAAUUGUGCCCAAAGGACAGAAAAUUGUGGCAAAAUGGCUGGAACACAGAGCCCGAGCUUUAGAACUAACUGACAAGGCUAACUGGCCAGAGAAUGGCUACAAAAUGGCAGAAGUUUAUUUUAUUUCUAAGAAUCCUGCAGAUCUUGGCAUCGCUUCGUCUUGGCUUUGGAUACCACUGAAAGAAGAUGGCGACUGCGAAGAAGUACAGCAGUUAAUGAAGCUUGUCACAAGUCUACAAGAGUUAGUGGAUCUGUACAGGAAAUACAACUGCAGAAUUGCACUUUCUGAAUAUGAAAAGGAAACUACAACUACAAUUGUAUUCCGUAUGUUGGAUAAAGUCUUGGCCCCUGAACUUAUUCCAACCACAUUAGAAAAGGUUAUUAGACCUUAUAUGCACCAGCAUAACCUUCAGGAAGAAGAACUUUUGCUUCAGUACAUUAAGGAUUUGCUGGAGCGCUGUAGUUCCCGUUCAGCAUCAUUGUUUGAAACUGCCUGGGAAGCCAAAGCAAUGGCUGUUAUUGGUUGCAUGUCCGACACAGAUUUAAUAUUCGAUGCUGUACUUCAAAUUAUGUAUGGUGCUGUGGUGCCCUGGAGUGAUGCAGUUGAGCAGCUUGUAAAGCAACAUCUGGAGAUGGAUCAUCCCAAAGUGAAAUUGUUACAGGAAAGCUACAGACUUAUGGAGAUGAACAAACUUCUACGUGGCUAUGGAAUAAGGGGUUUUAAUUUUUCUAAUGAUAAGCAAAUCAUGGGUUUAAUUAAAUACAUAUUAAAGCAAGAUGCCCCUUCAUCUCUGGAAGAUGCUUUAAAGAUUGCCCAAGCUUAUAGAUUGCCUACAGUAGAAGUGUACAUAUUCAGAUUUGUACAGCUAAUUUACACAAACAGAGGAGAUGAAUGUCUAAAUCUUUUGAAGUCCAUCUCUCCUGCUGAAAUCGAUGUUACAGUGGAACGCCUGUCUUUGUGGGCAAGGAUGGCAUUGCAAGAGAAUCCUGGCAAUUCUGAAGAGUGCAAAGAAGAUCAGAAAAUAAUAGCAAAGACACUUGUAGAUAUUCUAAAAUUCCAUGUGUGUGUUCUGAAAGCAAACAUCCUAAAGAGUGAGAUUUGUGAAGCAAACUUAAAAAUGUUUGAAGCAAUCCACAGUUUACAGGAAGAUUUUGAUAUUUUCCUUUCACUUGAGGAAUAUGAAAACCGAUCUUUGGUGUCUCGGCUUAGAGAAGAGCACAUUAUAGCUUAUGAAACUACGAGAUCCAAAUCAAAAUCAGAAAAAGCAUCGGAACAAAAUUCAGGUUUUGAUAAGAAAUCCAAAGUGCCUUCAACCGAGUCCAGACUAUACAGACUUGCUUUACUCUUGCAAGUCACAGAGCAAGAGCUUGGGGCAGAACUAGCCUUGAGGGCAUUAACUGCAGGAAAAGUUGAAAAUGCACUUCAGAUAUGCAGCGAUUUAUAUGAACAUCACUGCAAUGCUCAGACUGCACAAUUACUCUUUCUUGUUUCCCAAAAACUUUGCCAAAUGUUGGAAGCAAAUACCCCGAUGGUAAUUCCUCCAGGAAUGAAUCUCCCUGCUGCUAUUUACAAAUUGGCAUGUAAAGCAUCUACCAUAUGCAGUCCAGAUCUUUUGCUAGAUGCAUUGGAAUUAUGUAAAUAUACCCAAGUAGCCAUGGAACUUUACAGGCAAUGUGAAAUUGAAGACUACGGGUUUAUAACCAAAAAUGCAAGUUUUGGAGGUGAAAGAGACCACUAUGAAGAGUGGACCUAUGAUGAUUUUUUCAAUGAGGAUGGAAUUGUCUUUGAUCCAUUGAUUGUAAUACCAGUUGCCUAUGACUUAACCACUGCUUUUGUUCCAAGUACAGAUGGUAGAAAGCUGUAUCCUUUGGAUUGUGUGAAUUUGGCCAACAGUCCAUACAUUAAUGGAGAAAAUGCACUGUUACCUGCAAAGACACCUAUAAUUGCAUUGUUGGAAAAUUUACAGGAGUGCAGCCAGUGUGAACUAACUUUGCAGCUCAUGAUUUUGGUAUUUGGUACUUGUCUGCAACAUGGUGUUUCAAAUAACAUGGAUAAUCAUUUAAGUGCAAAGUUACACAAUGAGAAAAUUAUGGCAGAAACCAGAACAUUUAUAGCAGUAAUGGCAGAAAAAACAAUUACACUAAUAAAGGACACCGCAAUGGCAUUAUUACAUAAGGUUUUCAACUGCCGUGUGGUGGAUUGUAACCUUGCACUGGCAUACUGCUCCCUUCUACCUAAGAAGGACGUUUUUGAAAAGCUUUGGGAUGUCAUAAACAACACCUGGCAAAAUUACAGUAAGAUUUUGGCUGUGGCUGUUGUUGGAGCUCAGCUUGCCCUUGUAUAUCAUGAAAAUGAACAAUGGAUCAAAUUUCAGAAGCUGAUAACUGAUGCGGAGUGGGGAAUCUGGCUCUGCAAUAUUGGAAUUUCUUUCCAGCCUGCCUUUAGACAAGAUUCCCAACAGAAGAAGGAGCUUGUUUCCUUAUUAGUUCAAAAUUCGCAUGUGGAUACUGCUCUUAUUUUAAAGUAUUGCAGUACGUUUUUGUUGGACUCUGAUGCUGCACUUCAGCUGUACAUAGAAACUCUGCUUCUUUCUGGCUCAAAUUGGAAGAAUAGCCAUGGUGAUUGUGUUGUGAAUCCUGAGCAACAUUCUCAGCUGGUGGCAAAAGCAAAAGAGAUUAUUCCUCUAUUAAAUAGCACCCAAGACCUUGUUGUUAGUCUUAGUGGAAUUCUACAUAAGCUAGAUCCUUAUGAUUAUGAGACUAUUGAAGGAACUUUGCAAGUGAUAUUAGCUGCGGAUGAAAAGAAUACCAAUAUCCAACUUAGCCAGGCUUUAAGUUUGGUUAAUCUUCUUAAAUCAUACACAAGAAUUUCACCUCCAGCCGAUUUAGAACAUCAGUAUAUUUUAGAGCAUGGUAUUGCAAUGUCCGAUGCUGCACAUACAAGACUGCCUUUUCAUUUACUUUACUUCACAACAUCAACAUGUUUUUGGGGCAUCAUAUCUUCUGAACUAAGUGAGGAGUCAUUUCCAACACUGCUGCUAAUUUCCAAACUUAUGAAGGUUUCACUGGACACUCUGUACAUGACAGCUGUAAAGCAUGUUUUUGAGAAGAGUUUACGGCCUAAAGCAUUGAAACUGAAGAAUAAUGAAUUUUCUUCUCUAAUCAACAAAGAAACUGCUAAGACAGUGCUCACUAUCCAGUCUUACCUUCAGUCUAUCAGUAAUCCAGAGUGGGCAGCAGCUAUUGCUCAUAGGAUUGCACAAGAGCUUCCAACAGGACCUGAUAAAAUCCAUGCAUUAAAAUUCUGUCUCCAUUUGGCUGAAAAGUGGAAGAACAACAUAUCUCCUAAGGAAGAAUCUCAUGAAAGAGCUGAAGUAUUAAUAAAGAAGCUAAGCGUGCAGUACCAGCGUUCAGCUACAGAAAACGUUCUCAUAACACACAAGCUUAAUGCUCCAGAUUUUUUGAAACAGAUUGGUAAACCAGCAACCCUUAUUGUUUCACUUUAUGAGCAUAGUAGUGUGGAGGAAAGAAUAAGAAAUCCAACUGGCAGAGAUUAUCCAGAUAUCCACACGGUAGCAAAGCAGAUAGCUGAAGUCAACAACUUGAGCAUGAACAAAAUUCGUGACCUUCUUCUUGAUAAAUGGCUGUGCCCGAAUACUCUACCACAAGCAUCUAAAGACAAAGAACUAUUGGGGGACAUUCAGGGAGAUGAGGAUCUGAGCAGAGUUAUUUACCUUCUUCAACCAUACCCUGUAGAUUUCAGUUCAAGAAUGCUGUAUGCAAUAGCGACCUCAACAACAUCUCCUAUUGGGGAUAACAAAUUGACUUUUGCUCACAGAAGUCGAGCUCUUCAAUGUUUGAUCCACUUGGCUGACACAGAGACUGUGGUCUCACUUGUGAAAAAGCCUAUUGACCAAGUAAAGUAUUACCUCAAAUGUUGCAUCUAUCUAUCAGAAUUUGAAAUCUUAAACAUUCCAUACACUCUUGAGUCGUUCCAUACCAGUGCAAAAGAGGGAAUGAUUAAAGGCCUAUGGAAGAACCACAGCCAUGAAGCUAGGGCAGUAAGAUUGGUAACAGAACUUAGUUUAGAAUACCAGGUUUAUGACCCUCAACUCUGGAGUGGAUUAUUACAAAAGUUGCUUGGAUUUAACAUGAUGUCUUACCUCAGGAAAGUGUUGGUAGCUAUCACCAGUAUUCACUGCCUUUGGGAGGUGCCAAACUUCAGCAGAGCAUGGCGUAGUGUUGUACUGGCACCAUUUGCUUGCGCUUCCUGUCCCCCAAGCCCCUCACAGCUUAAAGAAUGCUACCAGUCCUUCCUGGUGUUGUUAAAGUGCCCUGUUCUUGCUGAUCUGGACCUUGUAGGAAUCGCUAAACAAUAUGCCCAGAUUGAUCUUCCAGCAUUUACUUUGGGUUGUCUUUUGCUAAUCCCAUAUGUGGACAAAAGAGAACAACAAAUUCAGGGCUUUCUAACUACCUGCAAUUCAGAAGCGGUUUUGCUUCAAGCAGAGGACUGUAUGAAUACUGGAGAAGUGGCUGGAGUGGCUUCACAGAUAAAAACACUAAUUUUGGACAAUAUGAUUAAAAAACAACAGUUUGAAAAGUUCUUAAAAAGUAAAUGCUAUGGUGUUUUGAAGAUGCAUGCAGUUAAUUCUAAUCGUGUGAAAGAGCUUGCACAUUACCUUGUAGACUUAAAUUGCUGGGAUAAUGCUGCUGAGCUUGUAGCAGAAUAUAUGAAGUGUCGUGGUAAACCUUACCCAAGAAAUGCUACAUCCAUGGAUAUUGUAAAGGCAUUUGUGAAUGACCAAGCAUGAUGCUAUUAAGAAUUGUGUUUGUGCUUCUGGAUUAUGUCUACUAAGAAACAGUAAAAUUCUAUUUAAAUUUCUGAUUUAUUUUGAUUGUCCUUUCAUUAAGAUCUGGCAGUACUCCCCCAACAUUAUCCCACUGUUAAAGCACUCCAUUGAAACAUAGUUUAAAGGUAACUUAUCCCCUAUCCAAAGGGGAUAAGCUAUGGGGUACAUGGAGGGGGCGUGUCGGCCGCCUCUUCAUGCGGGGACGGAACGCCCCCUUUCCAGCAUACUGCCACGGCCCCAUCCAGGAGAUCCCAGGGGACCCCAGCGCUCGGACUCCCCGCGUUCUAUAACUUAUCCCCUAUCCUUCGGAUCGAUGUCCUUUAAGUACUUUGUUUAUGGCCAAUAAAUGUAGCUAGCAAGGUUAUUUCAAGACUGUUUUGUUACAGGUUUGUUAAUUCUGUAUCUUAAAACAUUAAUUUGUUUCCACUAAUAUAUUGUGUGUGUAUAUACAAAUUUCAAGAAAAAAGCAUUCACCUUCUAUAUAUAUUAUGUGUUUAGUAUUUUCGCAUUUCAUGUAUGCAGUUUAUCAAUGUCUAAAUAAAUUAUAUUAAAAAUGUUCAGUGGUUCUGGAUUACCAUGGA